AUGUAUCUGAUCACUGUGUUUGGAAACCUGCUCAUCAUCCUGGCCAUCAGCUCAGACUCCCACCUCCACACCCCCAUGUACUUCUUCCUCUCCAACCUGUCCUUUGUAGACAUCUGCUUCACCUCCACCACCAUCCCCAAAAUGCUAUGGAACAUCUACAUCCAAAGCCAAGUUAUAACCUAUGAAGCCUGCAUCAUUCAGGUGUAUUUUUUAAUGCUGUUUGCAGGGUUGGAUGACUUCCUCCUGACGGUAAUGGCCUAUGACCGCUUUGCAGCCAUCUGUCACCCCCUGUACUACACAGUCAUCAUGAAUCCAAAAGUCUGUAGAAUUUUGGUUCUGGUUAGCUGGGCCAUCAUUGUCUCUUUAUUUUAUUGUACAAGCCUAAGCGUGUAUGUUAGCUCUGCUGCUACCCACAGCUCCCAGUCAAGUGCAACAGCAUCAAUGAUGUACACUGUGGUCACACCCAUGCUGAAUCCUUUCAUCUAUAGUCUAAGGAACAGAGACAUAAAGAGGGCUCUGAAGGCAUUCUUCAGAAUAGCAGCUAUAAAAAGGACACUUGUCCUGAGAUAA